ACCCGGAAGCGCUUUCUCUUCCCGGUGACGCCUCAGCCGCCACCUCAGCCGCCACCUCAGCCGGAGAAGCGAAGUGGCUUCGGCGACGGACUGUGGUCGAGCCCCGUUCUUCCGCUUCGGCGCAUGUUCUGUCGCUGUCUCUCCUUGGCUACCGCGAUUCGGCUUAGACCAGCGUUUGUUCGCCUCGGACCUCUUCUCAUCUCUUCUCCCCCUUCUCUUCGCUGCCAGCCGCUCCUCAUGAAGCCGGUGGUUGUGUUCGUUCUUGGCGGGCCCGGCGCCGGCAAAGGGACCCAGUGUGCUCGCAUUGUGGCGAAAUAUGGUUACACCCACCUUUCUGCAGGUGACCUCCUUCGUGAUGAGAGGAAGAGACCAGGCUCUCAGUAUGGAGAGCUCAUUGAAAGUUAUAUUAAAGAGGGGAAAAUUGUUCCUGUUGAAAUAACAAUCAGUUUGCUAAAAAGGGCUAUGGAGGAAACCAUGGCAGGAAAUGCACAGAAGAAUAAAUUCUUAAUUGAUGGAUUUCCCAGGAAUGAAGACAACCUUCAGGGCUGGAACAAAACAAUGGAUGGAAAAGCAGAAGUAUCUUUUGUUCUUUUUUUUGACUGCAAUAAUGAGAUCUGUAUUAACCGCUGCCUUGAAAGAGGGAAGAGUAGUGGCAGAAGUGAUGACAACAGAGAGAGUUUGGAGAAGAGAAUUCAUACAUAUCUAGAGUCUACAAAGCCCAUAAUAGACUUAUAUGAGAAAACGGGCAAAGUCAGGAAAGUGGAUGCCUCCAAAUCUGUUGAUGAAGUUUUUGGUAAAGUUGUGAGCAUCUUUGAUAAAGAAGGCUAGUUCUCUACUUGAAACUUUUUCAACAUGCUUGAAUCUUGCUUUAAGAGCUGCUACUUUACUCAAUUUUGUAAUUACUGUAAAAUAUACCUUUUAAAAUAACUUCUGUUAAUUUUAAUUAUUUGAAAACAUGAUUUAAACUUUGACUUGCAAGUGGCCUGUUAUUGAAGGUAUGUAGAUUCAAACUGAACUGAGCAAAAGAACCCAAAUUCCAGGACAAGGCUAAUACUCAAAUACUAUUUUCAAGAAGCAUCUGGUUAUCCUUUCAUAGGCAGCAGUACUCUUGUUCUUUUCUUGUUGCUAAAAGCCAUGUUGUUUUUAGAAUUCCACAAACACAGAUAUUGUAAAUAUAAGGAAAAGGGCCCAUUAAUUUUUUUGUUUUAUUUUUCAUUUUGGACCAAAUGUAGAAAAAUGGUAUGUUUUUUUUUAGUUAUGAAGAUCCUUUUGAAUGGCCAGCAGGUUUUUUUAAAAAACAAACAAACAAACAAACAAAGCUUUAAGCAUGUCAUUUUAUUUGAGUAUGUUUUGCAACUCUGGUUACUAGAAUUUAAAUUGGAAACAAGAGACAUACAAAGUUACUUAAAUUAAGCAACAAGCCUUAUGAUGUACUCCAACAUUAAAGACAAUAGUUGUCAACUGGUUUCUUGUGUUACCCUCUUCCCUCAUACAUAUGAGGUAUCUGAAAACUGAGCCAUUCAGCAUGUUUGGUGCCUGUGUAAGUGUAGUAUGGCUCCUUUCUCAAAGAGGAUGGGAAGCACUUGUACAUGAGGUUUGUGGGCUGUGACCAUUAUGUUCAGGACUGAGAUUACACAGGCACUAUGUUUGCAAGUAAUAUAGGCCUUUUCAAUAUUCGCAAUGCCCAAAUGGUUAUCCGAUUUCAAAAUAUUGCUGUGCUUGUCUGAGAGCAACUAUUGCAUCCUUUUUUUAUCUGCCAUGGUUCUUUAGUUGUAACGGUUUUUAAAUGAAUUGCUUAUUUAUUUAGUGAUUUAAUGUGUUGAGACAGGAAGGAGGGGAAUAUUUUCAUGAUUAAAUUUUGUCCCUCCCCCUCCCCAAAUUGUGUAAUUUAAAUUACAGUGAUUUAAUUAUACUUUUGAGAUGGUUUGACCAGGGUAAAAAUGAUUUUUUUGUUAAAAUGAAUUAACCAUAUUAGAUCUAUAUUGUGCUGGUUUAAAUAUACUGUGGUGCUUGUGGCAGCAAUAAAUUCUAAAUAAAUGGAUGAUCAGAUGGAAAAUGUACUAAUGUUUGCACAGCCAUCCUAAUUGCACUUUUGAAGCAAAAGAAAAAAAUCUGUGCAGAGAAAGGGGUUGAUAGAUGUGUUUGAGGAUCAUUACUGUUUAUGCUUAUAAAUCCAUUGGGCAGGACUUGGAAAGUUGAUAUAUAUUUAAUAUCCAUUAAUAUUUUUGGUAGUGGUAUUGUGUCAGCUGCCAUUUGAGCUUACUAUGUUUACAAUUAUGAGUGGUUCUUAUUUAUGUCUAUAUCACAUAAGAUAGUAGUAUUGUUAGUGAUUUAUUUUGUCUUUAAAAUGUAAUCAAGGGUCUGCAGUUGUCUUUGCACAAGUGAAUAAUGGCUUUAGUGGUGCUCUCAAGCAGUAGAAAUUUAUACAUGAAAACAUAACUCCAGAAAUAAAAUCUUUGUGCAUAAAAGUACUAAGCAUUAUGAAAAUAGUACAAAACAUACCAGGGAAAAUUGUUAAAAGGUUCUGCAGCUUCAUUUUUUAACUGUUUGAAAAAAAUGGUAACUUUUUAAUGUGAAUAAAUCAUCACACAAUUUGGUUCUAGAGCAGUAGAUUUCAGUUUUUCUAUCUGUCUGCCAUUGAACUUCUGUGCAUUCUGCAGGAUUCUAGGGCAUGUUUCAGGACACACAUGCACCAGGGAAGGUCUACUUGGGCCUAAUUCCAUGUAACCUUGCCCACACAUAGUAAAACAGAUUGCUGAUGGCAGGCUAGCUGUCUUUCAGGGAAGCUUAUUCAUUGUUGUCAGUUUUUCUUAUUAAAGAACCCCUAUUAAGUUUCCAUGGAACUCCCAAGUUUCCUAGGAAUGCAGUUAGCCACUGUUGUAGAAGAGGAGUUAGCAUUCACCUCUGGUUCUAUAUUAACAAUCAACUAAUACUAGUCCCAAUUAGUACAGCAAGUUUAUAUUUGACAGUUUGAAAAACCCACCUUUCACCCUUCCUGUUAUGUGAUGGG